CAUCGCACACCGCCCCUGCCCUGCCCUGCCCUGCCCUGCCCGACCUCUCUCUGUUCGCGCCGCCACCGCCUCACGCCGAGAAGAGGGGGGCAAAGGGGGAGCGCAGCCAAUCAGCCGAGGCCGCGAAAAGAUCUCGGAAGCGAGGAGAGGUCGGUGAUGGAGGACGAGGACACGGCGGGGCAGGGUCCCCACGAGAACCUCGCGGAGUCUCCUCCCGCCGCCGAGGCCGCCGAGGUGGGGGACGAGGACGACGACGGGUUCAGCUUCCCCGCCCCGCCGCUCGCCGCCGACGCGUGCAUCGUGCCCGUGUACCCGAUCUUCGGCCGGCCGCCGUCCCCGCCGCCACCGGCGGCGGGGGCGGGGGAGGACGAGCCGGGGACGGCCACCGUGCGGGUGCCGCUGGGCCGGCUCCUGCUGGAGGAGCGGGAGUUCCGCGCGCUGCAGCGGGACGCGCGGUUGGAGAGCGCGCGGGCUUGGCAGGACGACGACGACGGCGACGGGGCCUCCGCCGGCGCGGACGAGGAGCUGGAGGGCGUGCCGCCGGAGAGCUACUGCCUGUGGGCGCCAGGCGGCGGGCAGGCGCCGCCGUCCCCGCGGCGGUGCCGGAAGAGCGGCUCCACGGGGUCGGUCCUCCGCUGGCGCCGCAUCAGCGACCGCCUCGUCGGCCGGAGCCACAGCGACGGCAAGGAGAAGUUCGUGUUCCUGACUGCCGCCGCCGCCGGUCCGGAGCCGCCGCUUCCUCCUCUUCCUCCUGGCCACAAGGAAGAGGAGGAAGGAGGCGGCGGCGGCGGCGGCACCAACAAAGUCCGCGACGGCGGCGGCGCGGCCAAUCAGUUGAGAUAUUACGGCAGAGGCGGCGGCGGAAGCGGCAGCCGGAGGCGCUCGUACCUGCCGUACAAGCAAGAGCUUGUCGGGCUGUUCGCCAACGUCAGCGGGCUGCGCCGGAGCUAUCACCCGUUCUAACGCGCUUCCUCCAAGCUGCUCUUACAGCAGAAGUACAACCGCGUGUGUUCUCUCUAAGUUAUUGGUUUGGAUAAAUAGGAUUAGUGUACAAAUAGCUAGCACGGCCUCAACAAUGGAGUUUGCUGUUGGGGACACCACCUUCGGUCCGGUCGCCGAAGGUGCGCGAAGACAAGACACCAAGAGCGCUGAAGCCGACGCCAGGAGCAAGCGCGGAGGUCUUCGCUAUUCUUCGGGAUGGAACGCGAAGACAGACGAAGACCGGGCGACGCCAGCAUCACGAGUGGUCUGUAGACCCCGUGGUCUUCGUCGGUCUGGGUGAAGAGGACCGCCUGGGAUUGUGGGCCUUGCUGAGCUGUACCGCACCCACACUGUAAUAGGAAGAUCACGUGCAUGUCCGGGAAUAUUCAGGGAAUAUGACCAUUGUAAGGGGGUAAAAGAGUAAUCAUACAUGGGAGAUAUAACGCCACUUAUAAAUACCCCCUGUAAUGUGCAUUGAUGAGACAUCUGGAAUAGGGAGAACUUUUCCUC